AUGGCCAUGAACACUGGAGGGUUUGACUCCAUGCAAAGGCAACUUGAAGCAGAAUUGCGUUCUUUAUCUUCCGAAUCGAAAAGAAGAAAUUCAACCAUUCGCCAUGCUAGUGAUAAAUCCAUUGAGAUAUUGAAAAGAGUACAUAGUUUUGAGGAGCUAGAAAGACAUCCGGAUUUCGCACUCCCUUUCGUGUUGGCUUGCCAAUCAAGGAAUGCUAAAAUGACGACCCUGGCAAUGCAAUGCCUACAGGGACUGUCAACCGUUCCAUCUAUUCCUCGAAGCCGGCUGUCUGAAAUUUUGGAUGCCUUCAUUGAGGCUACUCAUCUCGCGAUGGAGAUUCAAUUAAAAGUUUUACAGGUGGUACCCAUUUUUUUUAAGACAUACGGGAAGUUCAUCUAUGGGCCGCUUUGUAAGAAGUUGUUGCUGUGUUGCUCAAAUCUGCUGCAUGUACCUAAUAAGGCACCCGUAGUAGUUGGUACUGCGAGUGCCACUUUACAGCAGCUUAUCGAUGAAAUAUUUGAUAGGCUUUCCAUUGAAUCUGUAGUGGAUGAUAAACAAUAUGAAGUCCUCAUAAGUAAUAGUGAGUCAAUUAAGGUCAAUGUUUAUAGAUACGAUGCUAACAAAUUGUUCGAUAAUAUCUGUUCAUUAAAUGAAAUAAGCUCAAAUGGGGCAGUUAGUGACGAGGAGAUGCUGUUAGACAUUGGGGACAUCCCAAUAGACUAUGGCCUGGAAAUCCUUGAAUCGAUUUUGAAGAAUAGUCAGAAAAAUCUUUUAGAAUGCCAAGAUUUACAAUAUCUACUGAGAGUUAAGGCGAUUCCAUUGCUUCUACGUUGCAUAUCUUCUUCGAGACACUUCUCCACCGCUGUAAGGAGUUGUCGUUGUUUGAAGUUGUUGAUAAGAAAAGAGUACCUAAGCAUACUCGAGUUAGAAUUAGAGGUCAUCUUGUCGCUGUUAAUCCAUGGCAUAUCUGUCGAAUCCAAUUUAAGUGGAUGGCAAAGAGUACUAUCUCUAGAACUUUUCAAGGAUUUAUCACAAGACCCCGAAAUCGUCAAUACACUCUAUAUGGACUAUGAUAAUUAUCCAGAUAAAAAACAUGUGUUCAAAUAUCUUUUGAAAGAAUGUAUUGUCUUAUUAAAUUCGCCAGAGUAUAUUACUUUCUUGGCGCCAUCAAAAGUAGUCGAGAAAAUGGAUUCUCCCUUGAUAACUACUGAAAACUCUACAGUUAAAACAAAGUUUAUGCAUUUAUUGGACAAAUCAAACGCUCCGUCCAUUAAUAUUACUUACAUUAUAUCAUUAAUUCUGACCAUCUGUAACCACUUAUGCGAGGGGUUGAACAAAUCGGCUCUGGAAAGCUCUCCCCUAGAGAAGAAAAUUGAGGACAAAGAACGUGAAGAGGGAACUGGAAAUGAUUCGACAGUUGUAAAGGUUUAUAGCGGCCUGUUUUCUGGCCUAUUUGAGCUAAACAAACUCUUUUUAUAUUCGACCUCCUUAGAGACAUCGAUAUUCCACUUGGUGGUUAGAGCUUUUCAAAAAUUAGCUCAUAGUGCCGGCGUUCUGUCACUAAAGGACAAAUUAAGGGCAUGCAUGAAAUUGUUUUCGAUUUUGAUAACAAACAACGUUACAUCAUCCAAUCAAUAUUCUUUUAAUGAUACAAGUAAGUCAGCAAAAAAUCAACAUACAAGAAAUAUAUCCACAUCUAGUGUCACGACCAGUCCCGUAGAAUCAACAAAAAAUCCAAGUAGGUCGAUUGCAGAUUCUGCGCAAAAUAAGGAAAUGAAAAGGCGUUUGCACCCCAGGAAUAUUAGUUCAAGACAAGUUAGUUUACUAAGGGCAUUAAUAUCAUUAUCAAUAUCACUAGGUCCUAUUUUCGAUUCAGAAAGCUGGAGGUACACUUUUUUAACCUGGCAAUGGAUAACUUACUACAUAUAUGGUCCAUCAGCAGAUUUCAAAGAGAGCUUUUACUCUGAAGAUAUUCCACCACCUCCAAUACUGACUAAAUCAGACGUUACAUCUAUUGAAAGCUCUCUAACGAAAUUUUUUGAAAGUACAAGCAGCUAUUCUUGCUCAACUUUUCAUUUGGUAUUAACCAGAUUAAUUUUGGACUCAAAAAAUACCCUCACUUUAGAACAAACGAACCUCAACCUGAAUAAUGACAUUGGCUAUCAUCCUUUAGAUGCAAAAGAUGAAAUUAUACCAUGCAUUUACAACAAGGCGUUUUUUGUUAACAAAAUUGGUGAACUGGCAACUUAUAAUUGCAAAAAAUUUCUCUUUGGAAAAAAUGGUAAAGAACUUUGGAGUUUGAUUUCCACCUAUAUGAUCAAAUUGAUAUCAAACCGUGAAAUGGAUAACGAUUCUUUACGUUUAUACACAGUGAGAGUGUUUACAGAUAUCAUCAAAAAGGCUACUAAUGAGGUUGGUAAUUCCGAUGAGCAAGAUAAUAAAGUGAAACAGUUUGGUACAUUGGAAAACUUAGUCAUCGAUAGCUUGAUGGCAACGAUAAACUCGAUAAAACAGUUGGAUAUUGGUAAGCAGGAAAUAUACAAUGGGACGAUCAAUGUUGAAUCAGAUAUUCUUUUUCAAUUGCUACUAACUUUAAAAGAGAUUCUGAACGAAUUUGGUGAACUGUUAAUGAACUCUUGGACCAAUAUUUUCAACAUCAUUAAUUCACCAUUCGAGUGGACAGUUGAGGAUACUGAUUUUUCCGUGAAUGAGGAUAUAGAUGAUUCAUCUUUAUUUGAAGGUAUCGUUCAGAAGCAUAAGAACAUGAUCCAAGUGUCAUACGAUGUUUUUAAACUAAUUUCUGAUGAUUUCUUACAGAGUUUACCUAUGAGUGUCAUUAAAUUCGUUAUUGAUACGCUUGUCAAUUUCGUAAGUCAGAAGCGAAAUCUUAAUAUCUCCUUUUCUUCUAUUAGUCAGUUCUGGUUAGUUGGAGAUUAUCUCAGAGUCCGCUUCAAUCCCGAAACAUUAAAUUUAAGUGAUGAGAAACGUAGAAGUCUCUCCGAAAAGAUUAAUAAUCAAAAAUUAAUUGAAAUCAUUACAUCCAGUUCAUCUCAUGAUUGGGAACUUUACAACGGAUUAUGGAUAUAUCUUUUGAAAAAUUUGAUCAAUUGUACUAAUGAUGAUAGAGUAGAAGUUAAAAACGGUGCUGUGCAGACUUUUUUCAGAAUCAUCGACUCCCAUUCUGUUUGCUUCCCCCCAUGGGACCUAAUUUUCUUAGAGGUUAUUGAACCACUGCUUACCAAGGAAUGGUCCACUGAAGAACUCGAAAAUGAAACUGAUUUUAUAAAUGUAACAUUGCAAGGAUUAAUUAAGCUUUAUCCGGAACACUUUAAGGACUUCAAAAACAACACUACCUGCGCCAAGGAAUGGUCAAUGUUAUUAGAUUUUUUGAAAAGAUUGUUGUCUUCCACUUCUAAUAAUACCAAGAAUGCUGUAAUAUUAAAUUAUCAAACCCUGCUGAAAGAAAUCAUCACUAUUGAGGACGUUCCAUCAGAUAUAUUGAAAAAGUGCUGCGAAAUAUUUACCGACUACAAUAUUACGUACAGUGAUCUCUCCACAAACGCAUCGAGCAAAACUGAAUACGAUUGUAUAUACGAACUAAUAACCGGAUUUCCUCCUCUUUACCAAUUAAUAUCGAAAUACGAUGCGAUGACAGAUGAAUUUGUGGAAAAAGUUCUUCUUUUAUUCAAUUCUGCCAUAAAAUAUCCUCUCUUACCUGAGUUUGUCCAAGACAAAACUAAACCGUCCUCUAUGCAAAAGGCCAUAUUGUCUGGACUUGAUAUAUUUAUGACAAAUGAUUCUAAAGAUACAGAAAUUUUGAUUCUUCUCCAGUUAAGUACAAUAUCGAUAUUGGCUUUUGAUACAAGGGAAAAAAUAACAAAAAAACUUGGACCAAAGCUUCCAAAAGCAUCACUUAACAGGUUACCAACUUUUGAGGCAAUCAGCUAUAUGUCAUGUUCUAACCUGAGAAAUAGAAUAGCAAAAAUAGAUCAAUUUGGUAUAUCCACACUGAAAGCAAAGCAUAUUUUAAGAAUAUUGAAAAAUUUGGCUGAAAUCAUCAAGCGAAAAUCGCUUAUUACAGGGUCAGAGAGUGAUGAAAUCCCCAUAUGGGUUCUUGCUUCCAAUUGCUUCUGUGAUUUGUCGAACAAAAUUUUCAAAUCACUCCAAGAAGAUGCAGAAAAUCCAUUAAAGGAUAACUUUUGUGAUUUAUUUAUAAAUGUUAUUGUUGUCACAUUACAAAGAAUCAACCCAGAGCUCGAUAAUUUAACCGAGAUAGACGAUUUGAAUGAGUAUUCCAAAUAUAGGGAGAUAUUGCUGGAAAACAGAAUCAUUGAUCUCUUCAAUGAAAGGCAAUUAGACACUUUCAUUUAUGCCGUCUGGGAUUGUUCAUUUUUAUAUGAAUUCGAUGAAUUAGAAAAUGCUUUGAUGCAAGACUGUGGUACGUUUUCUGAAUUGUCUCAAAAACUAUCUUCGUUCGAUUUUUCAUGUAUAUUUGGAUCCACCACAAAUCCUCGCUUUCAGACAAAAUAUAAGUGCUCUUUAGAGUGCUUGCAAGAUUUGGUUAAUUUUAUGUUGAACACAAACGAGAAAUUAAGAAAGUUAACUGCUCCUUAUCUUUCUGCAAGAAUUGCCCUUGCUCUUAGAAGAUAUAUCUCAGAUGAAUACUUGAUUGGGCGAGCACCAAUACCAAAAUUGCGUAAAACAGAACUAGCUACUCUAUUAAAUGGGCUAUGCGUGAUUUUAAGAGGUGUUCUAGAUCAAAAUUCGACCCUUGGCAACAAACAAAUUGGAGUUGAAAACCUACAAACAUUAAGUCCGUUGAUUUUAAGAACCAUCCCAGUAUCUCAUAAAAUGGAUGGCCUCCAAGAUAAAGUUUUGGAAUUAUCACUUGGAUUUACGAAACUAGACUAG